GAUAAAUCCAAAAUAUUGCAAGCAAAGUCAAACAAAUGAUCUAUUACUCAUCAGAACCCUAAACAUGAACUAUGAAAGCCGGCCAAGAUGAAACUAACCAUAGAUAUUCAUAUAUGAUAUGGUCCUGCUGAAAUUCAUUAUAUCAUACUCCCUCAGUACUAGAAUAAGGUCCGGAUGCAGCUGUUUCCUAGAAUUAGUCUUUGUAGACGCCUUCUUCUUUCUCUAACCAUGGGAAGGAGAGGGAGACCGCCAAAACUGGACGGAAAAAUUGCCGGAGAUGAUCAAAACACUUAUGGAAAUCUGCAAUCGCACAAUGUUCCUGUCUCGGAUCCACAAUCUUCAACUACACCUCAAAUCUCAGAGACUAUAGAUCAAGUUACGACUCAAACCAACACAGAGAAUACGCCGGAGAUCCAGGAAGAAUCACCAACGAAAACCUUUGCAGAAGCUGUGGGAUUUCAGGAAGAACUCAAUUUCAAUCUGAAAUUCAUCCCAACAGAGGUAAUUGAUGGCAAAUCUAUAGCUAGAUUGACUCAUGAUGAUGUGAUCGAACCUGGAAAUUACUGGGAUUCUGCUUUGGUCUGUUGUAUAUUGGGAGCUAAUCCUCCUCUAGAGAUUGUCAAAGGAUUUCUCAAUCGUAUCUGGAAAACCUAUGGAAUUGAUGAUGUAUCAUUUUUAAAAGAAGGCCAAUUCAUUGUCAGAUUCAAGAAAGAAGAAGAUAGAGAUGAAAUCAUUAAAAGGAAAUACUAUUACAUGGACAAUAAACCCGUCUAUGUGCAGAUCUGGUAUCCUGGUGUUAAGGUUGAUAUUCUAGGGCGCAAGGAUAUCCCUAUUUGGAUUCAACUCCCAGACCUGGACAUGAAGUACUGGGGACUAUCUGCCCUAAGCAAAAUAGGAAGCUCCAUAGGGCAGCCAAUCCGAAGAGAUGGAGCCACUGCUGCCAGAAAUAGAUGGUCUUAUGCUCGCAUACAAAUUGAAGUUCAAGUUAACCAAAGCUUUCCAGAUCAAAUCCAUUUUAUUAAUGAGGAAGGGAGAAUUAUAACACAAUCAAUUGUGUACGAAUGGGCGCCUACCCUUUGCUCUCAUUGUGGUAGGAUAGGACAUGUGGCAGAUAAAUGCAGGAAGAAAAAAACAGUAGCAGGGCAACCACCCAGAUUGAAACCUAUUUGGAGACCAAAACUUCAUCAGAAGGACAAUAAGAAUGAAGAAGUUGAAGUGGUUACACCAAAAGAUCCUAAGUAUAAAGAAGGGGCUGAGGACAACCCCGAGAUGACUGAAAAUUCAGGAAACAAAGAAGAAGAGUUUACUGAAGUGAGUAAAAAGAAAGCAGCACGCAGAAAGUCACUAGAAGGGAAGGAAGAGUCCUUUAUUGGCAGGAUCUGGAUCAUAUGGAAUACUAAUAAGGUCCACAUUACAAUAUUGGAUGUUUCUGAUCAAGCUGUGCACUGCCAAGCGAAAAUACUAGAUGAAGAUAAUUACUUCUUUCUUACCUUUAUUUAUGCACACAAUGAAUCCUGUAAGAGAAGAGACCUGUUGACUUUUCUACAAAAGAAUAUGGUGACUGCUCCAUGGUGUGUGCUGGGAGAUUUUAAUGUAGUGUUGAAGAUGGAUGAGAGAAUAGGGGGAAAUCCAGUGAAUAGGGAGGAGAGCAGGGAAUUUAUGGAUUGCCUUAAUCUUUGUGGGUUAGAGGAUUUGCCUUUUGAAGGUUCCAAAUAUACAUGGUGUAAUAAUCAGGGCAUUGGAAAGCGCAUCUACUCUAAACUGGACAGAAUCCUGGGAAAUAUAGAAUGGAUUAUUAACUUCAAUUUUAAAGCCCACUUCAGAGAGGGAGGUAUUUCUGAUCAUUCUGCCAUGAUCCUUAAACAGGUUAAACAUGACACUGGACAUAGCUUCAAGUUCUGUGAUAUGUGGACUCUUGAUCCCCAUUUUCCUCAAAUAGUGAAAGAAGUAUGGGAAGAAAAACAUGAAGGAACAACUAUGUUACAAGUAGUACAGAAGUUGAAACUCCUUAAAUCUCCUUUGAAGAACCUUAAUAGACAAAAGUUCCAGCACCUUGAUAAACAAAUUGAUAUAAUCAGAACCGAACUUCUGUCUGCACAAGCUAUACUGAAGAACCAGAUUGAUGCACAAACCCUGAAGACAGAGGAAAAACUAAGGCAAGAGCUCCAUUUAAAGCUGAAAGCAAACUUUCUUCUUAAAAGUCAACAAUCCAAGGCUGACUGGCUCAUCUAUGGUGAUCAGGAUACUAAAUAUUUUCAUGCAUGGGUAAAGAAAAGAAGACUACAGAACCAACUCAUCUCCAUCACCAAUGAAGAUGGCCUUUUGGUAGAAGGAAAGAAAGAGGUAGCCAAAGUGUUGGUUAACUAUUUUCAGAAACAAUUAGGCAUCCCAAAUGAUACCCUUGAUAUGAAGAAAGACAUUGUGAACAUGGGUAAAUGCCUCUCUAUUGAACAACAGCUGAUUCUCAUUGCUUCCCCCACUCAGGAAGAAAUUAAGAAUUGUCUGUUUGAAAUCCCAAACCAUAAAAGUCCAGGUCCAGAUGGAUUCUCUAGUGGUUUUUUCAAACACCAAUGGGAUGUGGUCGGGGGACUUGUCACCAAAGCUAUCCAAGACUUCUUCCAAAAUGGUGUGUCUCUCAAACAGAUUAAUUCCACUAACAUCACUGUUAUUCCCAAGAAAGACAACCCAAAAAGCCCCACUGACCUGAGGCCUAUUGCUUGUUGUAAUGUGAUCUACAAAGUCAUAUCUAAGGUCAUUUGUGGAAGACUUAAGAAGAUACUGCUCUCAAUUAUAAAUCUCAAUCAAGGGGCCUUCGUGGAAGGGAGAGAACUUGGCCACAAUGACUUCUCUGUCAGGAACUUGCAAGAGGUUACAAUAGGAAAAACAUCUCCCCGAGACUCCUAAUGAAGCUGGACCUGCAAAAAGCUUAUGAUAAUGUGAGUUGGAAAGCAAUUGAAUAGCUCCUCACAUUAAUGAAAUUCCCUUCCAUGU